GUUAAGAAGUUUGUUAUGUAUGUUGUGUAGUGUAAUCUGUAAUUUAUUGUUUAUGUUUUAAAACGUACAAGUACAUUACAAAAAGAAUAUAAUUUAUUUUCUUUAUUAGUUUAUUCUCGAUUUAGUUAGCAAAGUUCCUAGUUAUGUCAGGACGAGGACGAUUUCACCGCGGUAAUCGCAAUAAAAACCAACAAACAUUAUCCUCCGUGGCUCGCGAGACGGCCGCGUCUCUCGCACCAGAUAGUCCAGUAUUGGCUAUGUUCAGAUCCGCUGCAAUAAAGUUAAAUGACCGCCAAGAUAGACACGAAAGAUUGGUGAAACUAUCCAGAGACAUCACCAUGGAGAGUAAACGCAUCAUCUUUUUGUUACACUCUGCUAUUACUGAAGAAGCAACAAAGAAAGCUGUAGAAGAUGCAAAUGAGAGGCUUCAAAAACUAAUCAGUGGGCCUUUGAAAAGUAUUGGUUUAGAAUUGGAAAAUAGUCCGGCAUAUUUACACACCAGGGCUGUCACAGCAGGGUUUCAGGAAUUCAUUGAGGCCAGGACACUGUGCUCGUUAAUGGAGAAGAAAGUUAUCAUUCCAUACAAAGAGGUACAGACUGAACUUUCAUACAAUGUGAAGGAGGAAAUUGAUGGUAAUGAGAUUGAACGCAGUGUCAUUACAAAAAUGCCACAAACCGACUAUAUGCUGGGUAUAGCAGAUCUCACUGGUGAGCUGAUGAGGCGAGCGAUAAAUACUAUAGCUAGCGGGGACAGUGCUGAAUGUAUUUACGUUUGUCAGGUUGUCAGAGAGCUUUACACUGGAUAUUUAGGUCUGUUCGGCAUGGGCAAGGAGUUGGGCCGUAAAAUGAACGUAACACGCGCCAAUGUGGCGAAAGUCGAGGCGGCAGUGUAUGCGCUCCAUGUGCGAGGUGGUGAGGCCCCAUCCACUCUGAUAGUACCACCGCCAGCAUUGCAGCAAGACUGGGAAAAUAAUCAUCUCUCUGAUGAUGAAGGCUAUUAUUAAUUUGUAAAUAGACUUUAGAUGCAAAUUCAUUUGUACUGAAAGUAUAAUAUAACUAUUUUGUUGA